AUGGCGCGCUCCAUUAUCAACGUGACCAAGAACAUCCUGGGGACCUCGGUCGGCAUGCUGAGUCUACCCAGCGGUGUUGCAGCGGGAACCGGGAUCGUGCCCGCGAUUUGUCUCACGGUGCUGCUCGGCAUGCACUCCGGAUGGACGUUUUCGCUGUUUGGCCGAGCUUGCGAGUCGACGGGCGCCAGUGACAUCCGAGGCCUAGGACGACUGGCCGCCAGCGGGCACCGCCUGGCGCGGGCCAUGGACUGGGUGUGCACGCUGCGGACCUCCUUCGCGUGCCUCGCCUUCUCCAUCGUCAUGGCCGACUCCUUCACCGCGAUCCUGAGCAGUGCCGGCCUGCCAGUGGCCCGCAACGUGGCGCUGGGGGCGCUGUCGGCCCUCGUGCUGCUGCCCCUGUGCUGCCUCCGGGACCUGUCGGCGCUGGCGUACACGUCGCUCCUGGGACCCCAGAUUAGCCGGAAUCUGCUAUACAACGGCGUUCAUCGUGCUCCGAUUCUUCGACGGCUCGUACGCUGCAGGCGGCAGGUACUUCGUGGGGGCCGGCGCCGGGGCGUCCGCCGUGGUGCCCGGCGGCCCCUGGGCGGUGACCCCGAGCACGUUGGUGCUGGUUUGCGCGCUGUCCACCGCGAUCUCCGCGCACUACAACGCGCCGAGGUACUGGAGCCAGCUCAGGAGAGCCGCUCCGUCGGCCGCUUCAACCGCGUCGUCUCCGUGUCGUUCGGCAUCGCCGUGGUGCUCUGCGUCACGGCCAUGAGCGCGGGGUUCCUCACGUUCGGCGCCCAGACCAGAGGCAACGUCCUCAACAAUUACUCCACGUCGGAUCCCUUGGCCACCAUUGCCCGGCUCAGCGUGGCCUGCUCGGUGGUGUGCACCUACCCGCUGGCUUUCACUGGUCUGCGAGACGGAGUCAUGUCCCUCUUAGAGGUGACGUCAAGCAGGCGCAACCACUUGCUGACUACUCUGAUACUUCUAUCCCGAGGCUCCAAGCCACUCCCGGGGGGGCAGGUCGCUUUCGUCGUCAAUCUGGGGGGCGCGAUCUUCGGCGCGCUGAUCGUGUACAUCUUCCCCUCCGUGCUGUUCCUGCGCACGACGCCGCGCGCCUCGGGCGCCGAGCGGCGGGCCGCGCGUGCCACGGUGUGCGCCGGCGUGCUCCUGGCAGUGGCAGGCACCGCAGUGGCCGUGGUGCAGGAGUUCGCCCCGCGCAGGCUUCGCUGA